AUGUUGAGAGAAAGAUUGGGGAAGAGGGAGAAGGAGAAGGAGAAGGAAAAGGAGAAGGAGAAGGAGAAGGAGAAGGAAAAGGAGAAGGAGAAGGAGAAGGAGAAGGAGAAGGAAAAGGAGAAGGAGAAGGAGAAGGAGAAGGAGAAGGCUCAUCGCAUAUAG